AUGGGUGACAGCAAGCUUUUUGCCCGGUCCAAGUCAUCUGAGCUCCGAGCGGAACUCGAGCAAGCAUUCAAGAAAUCAAAACCACAAAGUAGAGUCAAAAUUGUUCUCAAAAAAAUCAUUGCAAAUGUGGUGUUAAACAAUCCAGAGACUGCAAACAUGAUGUCCGAUGUGAUCCGGCUUAUGCGAACAGACGAUAUAGAAAUCCGGAAAAUGUGCUUACAAUACUUGACAGCCUACGCCAGUGUCAAACCAAAACAGGCACAGGAAGCCAUUGCGUUUCUCUCUCGUUUUAGAGAUGAAUCUGAUGCCACUUUACGAGCACUUUCCAUUCGGACCAUGUCUUCAAUUCCCACCAAGGACUUUGUAGAUCUCACCUCACAGAGCUUACGAGCUGCACUUGCGGAUCCUGCUCCUCACGUUCGCCGGGAAGCCGCAUUUGCCGUAUCAAGACUUUAUCAGCAUGAUCCAGAAUUAACCACUUCAAUGAACUUUCUCGAUGGUCUAAAUGACCUUUUACAUGAUCCCAAUACAAAUGUGGUCACCAAUGCAUUGGCUGCCUUGAGUUUUAUUACAGAACAGGGAAAAACACUUUCUUUAUCAAUUGAUCGUAAUCAUACGUUAACGUUGAUUCUGCUAUUGGGAAAAUCAAAUGAGUGGUCUCAGGUGUACAUUUUAAACUCACUCAUGUCAUACGUCCCCCAAACAGAAGAGGAGGCUCUCGAACUUAUAGAAUUGAUCAUUCCUUCUUUGCAACACGAGAACCCAGGAGUGGCUCUCAAUGCUAUCAAAAUCAUCGUGUACCUCACCAACUAUGUCAGGUCCCCAGAGUUGGUGAUACCGAGUUUGCCCACCAAACUUGGAUCGGCCCUCUCUUCAUUAUUGGCAAAUCCACCAGAAAUUCAGUUCCUAGUUUUGCGGAAUGUGAUUCUUCUUCUCUUAGGAAGACAGCAACUAGUAAAGUUUGAUGUGGAAAAAUUCUUUUGUCUCUAUGACGAUCAAAUCUACGUCAAGGAUACAAAACUAGAGAUCAUAUACUUAUUGGCCAAUGAGGAUAACGUCUCAUUGGUGUUACAAGAAUUAGAGGAGUACGCAACAGAAGUUGACGUUGCAAUGGCCCGCAAAGCCAUACGAGCAUUUGGAAACUUGGCAAUUAAACUAAGCAGCGCAGCAGAUGAGUGUGUCAAUAUCAUUUGCAACUUGGUUUCAAAUGGCGUCCCCUAUGUGGUCCAGGAAGCGGUCUCAGUAAUGAAGAAUAUUUUAAGGCGAUACCCUAACAGAUUUGACUUUGCAAUCGACGAUAUAGUCCGACAUCAUAAGCUUAUAGAUGAGCCUGAUGCCAAAACUGCAUUGAUCUGGAUCUUGGGCCAAUAUUGUACCAAGAUCAAAAAUGUUGGCUCUAUAUUCGAGCAGGUUCUUACACAUUACACUGAAGAUCCUGUAGAAGUCCAGUACGCUUUCUUGACUGCUGCUGCCAAAUUAUACCUUUGCGAAGUCGACAAAGGAGAAAAAAUUCUUCUCUCGGUACUCAAAUGGGCAACCGAAGAAUCCAAUAACCCCGAUAUUAGAGAGAGGGGUUUCUUUUAUUGGCGAUUGCUCACCGCAGACACUUCACUGGAUGAAGAGAACUUCCAAAAACAUACGAAGCAGAUUCUUCUCAAUCCAAACCCAUCCAUCUCCUACGAUAAUGAGAAUAUCGACCCUUCGAUUCUAGAGGAGUUGGAGCUCAAUAUUGGGUCUUUGGCCUCUAUAUAUUUGAAGCCUGUUCAGCAUGUAUUUCGCAUGGCUAAAGUAAAGCAAUUGCAACCAAGUCCAGCUUUACAACAAAGGUCCUCAAAUACGCCCACGCCAGUGCAAAGUACGUCAAGCACAAAGUCCACCAAUUCUAGCUCUAAGAAGGUUGAUCCCAUCAUGCGAAAAGUGCGCUCCAUGAACUUGCAGCAACCAUUACCAAACAAACCUGAUUCACAGGACCAUGAAAGCACAAACUUUGCAAAGAAAUUAUCUCGAAGGGCAUCGAUUUUAUCAUCCCUCAAAGUCAAUAAACGCUAG